GUUAAUUCCCAGCGAUACGAGUGAUCUUUACACUAUUGUAUCCAAUUCACUGUGGUUUUGCUACUUUAAUCGUCCUGCACUUCUAUUCUACAAACCCAUCUCUUGUCUGCUACUGCAAUGCCUGACCUUUUUUCUAUCCCCAUCUUUUUUAUUCUUUUUCGUGAGACCAUCGAGGCUGCCAUCAUCAUCUCGGUUCUGUUGGCACUCAUUGACAAAGUAUCUGCCUCUUCAACUCGCUUCGAGGCUGUUUCUGGCAAACUCAAACGUCAGGUUUGGCUUGGUGUAUUGGCUGGGCUUGUAUUGUCGCUUGUCAUUGGUGCCGUCUUUUUAGUAUUCUGGUACAAGUAUGCUAUCAAUUUGUGGGCUAGUGCCGAGUCUUUAUGGGAGGGUAUAUUUGGUGUAAUUGCCUCCAUCAUGGUGGCCAUCACUGCUAUUGCCAUGCUCAAGGGGUCUCGUAUGUAUGAAAAGUAUUCAGUCAAACUGGCCAAAAAGCUUGAAAGGCAGACGGAAACACUUAGACAGCCCCUCAAGGCCUUGUUCUGGUUACCUUUUAUCACCAUGUUGCGCGAAGGCCUCGAGGCUGUCGUCUUUGUUGGUGGUGUUUCACUCUCUGAAACUCCCACUUCCAUUCCCAUUGCUGCAAUUGUUGGAAUUCUUCUUGGUAUCUUCAUUGGCUUCUUGCUUCACACUGGUGGUUCGCAACUCACUCUGCAUUAUUUCUUUGUCAUCUCUGCUUGCUUCCUCUUGCUCAUUGCUAAUGGGUUGCUUGCCAAAGCAGUCGGCAAUUUUGAGGACUACACAUGGAGCAGAGCCAUUAAUCUUGCAGCCGAUGAUGUCGGCACCGGUGCCUUUGAUCCCCGUCGCAGUGUGUGGCAUUUCGAUUGCUGCAAUCCCGAAGACAAGACUCAAGGCUGGGGUAUUUUCAACUCUGUUUUGGGAUGGCGCAACAACGCAACCAUUGCUACGGUUACUAUAUAUUGCUUGUUUUGGGUCAUCAGCUCUACAUUCUUGAUAUACAUGCGUCUCAAGGAAACCAAAACGCAUCAGCGUAAGCAGCAAUCCAUCCCUGGCCAGUCGUUGUCUACUGCCGUUUAAUUUUGCUCUCAGACUACUGAUUGCAAUCUAGUGUGUUGCAAAGCUUGACUGCAUCAACCUUUAUUUAUGCUGUUUGUAAUCGAUACUUGCUUUAUCAAGAAUAGGCAGACAAGCUUUACAUACACUAGAAAAUUUUCAGUAGUUUCACAAGCCACACCAUGCAUGUAUCGUUGAUCUGUUGGUUUCCCUCGCUCAUAAUCCCUUCAAUACUCCUUUGCAUUCGUCUAGAUCCGUUAUUUGGAAAUGAAAUAAUUUACCUUG